CACGAAAGAGUAACAGCUUUUGCGCGCUCUGAAACGUACGUACACCAGGAGAAAUUUUGACAGCUCGUGGUUGCGAUCGUGUGUUUCAAUUGAAGGAAAAAAAAUUCGAAGAAACGGGCAUGGAAAACGUCUCUAAUAAGGAAGAGCAGAAUAACCAGGAUGAUUCAGACUCUGAAUUAGAUGAAGUAGAACCCAGGCUCAAGUACGUCAGGAUGCGAAAUGAUUUAGAACGUAUAUUACAAAAUGAUGCAGCUAGCUGCAUCGCUGUGCAUCCCAAGUUCCUGUGCUUGGGCUCGCAUUGGGGUAUGAUACAUCUCUUAGACCACCAAGGCAAUAAUAUUCAGUCCAAGAGUUUGCAGGCACAUACGGUAGCUGUUAAUCAAAUCUCUAUAGAUCAUAAUGGAGAUUUCAUUGCAUCGUGUAGCGACGAUGGAAAAGUUUAUAUAUAUGGUCUUUAUAGCACAGAUAAUCAGAGUAUGAGUAUGGGCAGAUUGGUCAAAAGUAUUGCCAUAGAUCCGAAUUAUUAUAAAAGUACUAGCGGAAGAAGGUUCAUUACAGGGGAUGAUAAACUGGUUUUAUAUGAGAAGACUUUUUUAUCCAGAAUGAAAUUAACUGUACUGUGUGAAGCGGAGGGUGGAGUUAGAUCGAUAGCGUGGAUUGGUCAUUUUGUGGCUUGGGCAUCCGAUACCGGUGUUAGAGUUUACGAUUUAAAUGCAAAAUGUUCGUUAGGUCUCAUUAAGUGGUUUAGAUCUGCGGAUGCAUUACCUGAACACUAUAGGUGUAAUCUUCGGUGGUCGGAUGAUAGAACAUUAUUAAUCGGUUGGGUUGAUGUUGUGAGGAUUUGUCAGAUUAGGAAAAGAUCGAUACAAGAGAUGGUCAACAGAGAUUUACCAGAAUAUGUAGUGGAUCCAGUUUCAACAUUCCAAGUGGACUUUUACAUUUCUGGUAUUGCACCUUUAGAAAAUCAACUAGUAUUAUUAGGCUGUUUAAAAGAAUUAGAUGAAAAUGGAAAGAGCCAACGACCGAUAGUACACGUCGUUGAACCAAAGUAUCAGGAUUUUACUAUUGUUUGUAGAAACUUUCUCACGCUACGCGGUUAUAAAGAGUACAGCUGUAACGAUUAUGUUUUAGACUGUUUAAAAGAAGAAAACAGGUUUUUUAUCGUGAGUCCAAAAGAUAUUGUUGUAGCUAGUUUAUAUGAUGCAGACGACAGAAUUGAAUGGCUAUUAAGUCACGGAAAGUUCGAACAGGCAUUAGAAGCAGUGACGAUAGACAAUGGCAAAGAUUGUAAAAAGCACACUUUAGUAAAUGUCGGGCGUGUUUAUUUAGAUCACUUACUAGCCUGUGGAAAAUACGAUGAGGCAGGAAAACUGUGUUUAAAAGUUCUAGGAAGAGAUAAAAAAUUAUGGGAGGAAGAAGUGUACAAGUUUGCAAGAGUUCACCAACUACGGUCCAUUUCUUCUUACCUUCCGAAAGGCGACGUAACGUUAGAUCCAUUGAUAUACGAAAUGGUUCUAUACGAAUAUUUGAAAAUGGAUCUCGAUGGAUUUCUUGAUUUAGUGAAAGAAUGGCCUCCAACAUUGUACAAAGUUGUGGCCGUUAUGAACGGUGUUCUGGAACACAUUCGAGUUCACAACCAACGGAAACACGUACUUUUCGAAGCUUUAGCCAUUUUAUACAUUCACGACGGGAAAUACGACAAAGCGUUAGCUAUGUACUUAAAGUUGAGGCACAAAGAUGUGUUUCAAUUUAUCCAAAAGUACAAACUACACAAUACCGUUUACGACAUGAUAGAAGGCUUAAUGGAUUUAGAUACGGAACGAGCUAUACAAUUUUUUUUAGAAAAGGACAGAGUGCCAUCUGAAAUUGUCGUACAAAAAUUACAGCAUAACCAUCGAUAUUUAUAUCUGUAUUUAGAUGCGUUAGAUAAGAAGGACACGAAAGAUUCGAAGGGCAAGUACCACGGAUUGCUAGUCCAACUUUAUGCAGAUUACUCUCGAGAUAAAUUGUUACCUCUUUUACGCCGCUCUGAUAAUUACCCGAUACAACAAGCGCUAGAUAUUUGCAGUCAGCGAAAAUUUUAUGAAGAAAUGGUUUAUUUACUUGGUAGAAUUGGAAAUACUUCUGAAGCUCUAGCGCUCAUGACAGGGAAAUUAAACGAUAUGGAAAAAGCGAUUACGUUCUGUCAAGAACACGACGACGAGGAAUUGUGGAACGAUUUAAUUAAUUAUUCUCUAGACAAACCUGAGGCUAUCACGUUUCUUCUUCAAAAGAUCGGUACUUACGUGGAUCCUAGACUUAUGAUACAAAAGAUAGAACCGUCUUUAGAAAUACCUGGCUUAAAGAAAGCUUUAGUUAAAAUGAUGUGUGAUUACAAUCUUCAAGUAUCCGUGCAAGAAGGUUGUAACAAAUCGUUAUCUAAUGAUUAUUUUAAUCUACAAGAAAGGCUGGUUAGAUGUCACCAGAAAGGAAUAUUUAUAGAUGAUGAUCAAAUGUGUGGAGGGUGUCACGAAAAAAUAAUUAUAAGAGAACCAAGGAAUUUAAUUGUUUUUUAUUGCAAGCAUUCGUUUCAUGAAGAUUGCCUACAGAACUUCAAGGCAGUGGAAAAUUGCGUCAUAUGCAACUCGCAAAAGGAAACGUCGCCCAAUAGAAAAUGAUACAAGCAGUGGAAUUUCGACGUUGUCGAGCUUAUAACUUUCGAACCGCCAAAGUGAUCAUCGACGGACAUAGAAGAUUGUACGUGCACUAAAAAUUCACGGGCUCGUGGUCCGAUGGAUUCUACUAGAAUGCAGUAACCGCCUACUGGUUUCGUGUCCUUCAUAGGCUCACUUUUUGAGCAAAUUAUCAAGGUUUCUCGAAAGCAUAAAGCAUUUCGUUUUGCAUUAUCUGAAGUACAAAAGAAAAAAAAGAGGAUAUUUAGCGUACUCGACGAGAUCUGUCUUUUCAACAAAUUCUGCCGUACAAUAGUAGGAACUACGAUUUCCUUGGGCAUAGAUACGCUACAUUCCAUAAACGCCUCAUUUCACCAACAACAAAUAAAUUUAUCGCUAUAUA